UUAAUAUCAAUUUCUGGAAAAAAGAGACAAUAGUUUUAUAUCGAAAAAAUUCAACAGCCCAACAGUUCAGUUUAUCUCAAGACGUGGAGAAAUAAACAUCCAUUCUCGCAAAAAUGAAAUUUCAAUUGGUGUGUCUUUUGGUUUGUGGCUUGGCUUUGCAGGCCUUUGCUGCUGCAAAAUUCGAGCCUCGCACUCCCGAGGACGCCUUGAAGGCCCAUGAAGAGUGUCGUGAAGAAUACAAUGUUCCCGAUGAGAUCUAUGAACAAUAUUUGCAGUACAACUUCCCCGACCACAAACGCACCAAAUGCUACAUCAAAUGUUGGGUGGAGAAAAUGGGUAUUUUCACCGAAAAGAAAGGAUUCGAUGAGAAGGCCAUCUACAAGCAGUACACCCGCAACAAUACCCAAUAUUUGAGUUCCGUUCAACAUGGCUUGGAGAAAUGUAUCGAUCACAAUGAAUGGGAAUCGGAUGUUUGCACUUUUGCCCAUCGUGUCUUCUCCUGCUGGUUGCCAAUCAAUCGUCAUGUUGUCCGUGCUGUUCUUGGAACACAAAAAGAUAACUAAGCCAAUUCCCAACGGGCUGUGAAUUAUAUUAAAUUGAGAAUAUAGGUAAUUAUAUAAAAAAAUUGGAAUUGAUAUGAAUAUUGUGAUAAUUUUGUUUUAAAAAUUUUUUACAAGAGAAAUAAAAAUUUAACAAAAUUAAUAGAA